CGGUCACACUGUGCUCCACCUCCGCGUUCGCGCUGUUGUCAUCGCUGCUCUGCUGCUCCAAAAAAGCCCCCAAGCCUCUUUUGACCACGCAAACGGUGUGUUUUUUGCCUUUAAUUUGCGCGGAGUUGGCCAAACUCCGGUGACAGUGGUGUCCGCUGUUGGCAGUGCCUUAAAGAAGUGCAACAAGUGGUUAUACACGCUUUUUACAACGUUCCCCAGUGCCUUACACCGACAACCCACUCACACCAAUAUAAUUCUACCUGCCCAGCUAAUCGUGUGGUGUGUGUUUGAAAAACAACAAAAACAACAACAAGUUGCUGCUUUCGUCGCAGUUUCCGAGAGUGUGUGUCUGUUAAUAACGCCAAAAAAAAUGUUAAUUAAUGCUUUAUUCAAUUAACAAAAGCCCUGCGAGUCGAUCAAAAGAGUGAGCGUGAGCGAGACAGAGCUAGAGAUAGAGAUCUGAUCAGAUCAGAUCUUUGAGAAAAUCCCCAACGCGAGGAUCUGUAUCGCGUAUAACCCAUAAGUCUGGUUUAUAAAUAUAGAUUACAAGUGCACUUAAGCAAAUAAGAAACCAACAAUAAUUAACUGAACAAAUAAAACGCCAACAGCUACAGAUAAGCAACGCAACUCAACUGAACUCAACGCUACGUGACGUACUAUAUUUGCUUAUCACUAAUUCAGGAGAUAGCCACAGACCCACCGACUAGCGACCACCGAGCCCAGACAGGACAGGACCCAGGCGAGCGACAAUGGAGUCCAUGGAGUACGAGAUGGCACGCAAUAUGACGCUGCUGUUCUUCCUGGAGCGCCUCCUCGACAAGGGGGAGCCCCGCACCGUGCACGAUCUGUCGUGUCAGUUCGGCAACAAGGAGUUCACCAAGGAGAUGCGGCAAAUUGCCGGCGGCAGUCAAUCGGGUCUGAAGAAAUUUCUCGCCCAAUACCCAUCAAUAUUCCUGGUGGAUGGCGACUAUGUGCAGGUGAAUGCCUAUCAGCACAGCAAUGCGGACGACGGAGGUGGCGGCGGCAAGCGCGACUACAUUCAAGAGGCUAAAGACUACUUCAAGAACAAGAUGCUGCAGUAUGGGGCCGCGGCAGAGGUGCCAGUGCGGAGUCUGCUCGGCCAUCGGUCGCAGGCCUCGCCCCAAGUGCGUCACAUAUCAGGUCAACAUAUCAAGGAGUUUACGGACUUUCUGACCAAGCACACGGACACGUUCAAGGUGAUCGAUGACUUUGUGAUGCUGGUGGGCUGCGAGAAUAUGACUGAUCUGCCGGCCAGGGAUCGGCUCCAUCUGCCGCAGUCGAACAUCGAUACGCGCGGCACCCAGCAGAUGCUCGACUUCUUUGCCCAGUGCAUCGAGAUCAAGGGGCCGCUGCUGGUGGACCAGCUGUUCCAUUUGCUGACCACCAACUUUCCGGAGGAUCAGUGGCUGCGCAUGUUCAAGACGCCGGGCGACCUGAGCUCCUUCCUGAAGCUCUUCGGCGACUGCUUUCACAUACAGGCCAAUCUAGUCACGCUGCUGCAGAAGCCAAAGCUCAGUGACACGCACAUCCAGCAGGCCCAGGCCCAGACCAGGGAACAGUUUAAUGCCCUGAACAACAACAACAACAACAAUGGCAGCAAUUCGAAUCCAAUUCGCCGGGUGGAUGUGAGUGCCGGUGGCGGUGGAGGAGGUGGAGGUCCACUCAGUUCCGUGCAGCAGCGAUUGCAGUCUACGGCCCUGCGCAGCAAUGGAUAUGCCAGCAGCAACAAUAAUGCCAUUAGCAGUAGCAUCAACAACAACAAUAGCAUAGCCUCGCCCAAUUUCAAGCUGAACGCACCCGUGUCGAAUGUGAUGCAGGGCCAGGGGCCGGGGCAGCAGGGCUUUGGGCAGCCCAAGUCGGAGCCGAGCUCUGGCUUCGACAGCUAUGUGCCCAUGUCGGAGCUGAAGUUGGAGAAUCUCUGCGAGAACAACUAUCCCAGUGGGAACAUCUGCUAUGGCCCCAUCGGAGGUGGACCCACCCACAAUACCACACAGCAACAGCAACAACAGCAGCAGCCACAGCAGCCGUCGCCUGCAGCCUCAACGAAUCCCACGGAGAGGGUGAACAGCGUCAACCAAACGCUGAAGCAACGCAUAAAUACUCUGGUCAUACGCACGCUGGCGGAGAACCUGGAGAAGGACAAACAGUCGCUGGCCAACCAAAGUUCUCCGCACGCCAGUCCCCUGCAUUCCAGCAACUCCCAUCCCAAUUCCCAUUCCACAUCCAAUUCAAACUCCAACUCCAGCAAUGCCAAUGCGAGCACAGCGAACAAUCCGAAUACCACCUCCAGCUCUAGCUCCAGCGCCAGCGCCAGCGCCAACUCCAACCCAACCACCAAUGCCAAUCACUCACCUAGUCAUAGCUACUUUGUCGGCGACACGUGGAAGAUCAAGGUGCUGCAGAACACGACGGUGAUAGCCAAUGUGAAGCAGUCGGUGUUCGUCACCGACAUCCUACUCAAGUACGCGGCCAAGAACGAGGGCAUUGUGGUCUCCCUCGACUGCGAGGGCAUCAAUCUGGGGCUAAAGGGCGAGAUCACGCUAAUUGAGAUUGGAACGGCGCGGGGCGAGGCCUUCCUCUUCGAUGUCCAAUCGUGCCCCGCCAUGGUCACGGAUGGUGGACUGAAGACCGUGCUGGAGCACGAGCAGGUCAUCAAGGUCAUACACGACUGUCGGAACGAUGCGGCCAAUCUGUAUCUGCAGUUCGGCAUCCUGCUGCGCAACGUGUUUGACACACAGGCGGCGCACGCGAUCCUGCAGUACCAGGAGAACGGGAAGCAGGUCUACAAGGCCAAAUACAUAUCGCUCAACUCGCUGUGCGAACAGUACAAUGCCCCCUGCAAUCCCAUCAAGGACCAGCUGAAGCAGAUCUACAGGCGGGACCAGAAAUUCUGGGCCAAGCGGCCGCUCACCCGCGAAAUGAUGCUGUAUGCCGCUGGCGAUGUACUGGUCCUGAUUCACGAUCAGCUCUUUGGCAGUCUGGCGCGGCAGAUCAAGCCCGAGAACAGGCAGCUCUUCUCCGAGCUGUGCACCGAGCAAAUCCUCCUGCAGAUCAAGCCCAAUGAGGUGAAGAUUCGCAAGAAGCAGCGCAAGGUCAGCACCGAGGUGUCCGAUCUGAAGCUGAAGCUGGCACAGACCAGCAAGAGCAUUGUGCUCUCGAACCGUGAAAUUCGUCUGCUGCGUUACAUGGACCUGACGGAGGACGAAAAGGAGCGACUCAAGGGCUACUACAAGGUGGCCAAGAAGCUGGAGAAAAUGGAAUCUGCCGGCAACCCCAGCAAAGAUCAAAGUGACUCUGAAGACGAGGCGGAACCCAAUGAAAACGAAAUGUUUCCCAGCUUGGACUCUGUGCCAUCGGACAAUUCGCUCUCGGGCACCUUUUCGCCACGCUUCAGCUCGGAGCCACCCAGCCUGACGGAAUCCAUGCAGAUGCUGGAGGAAAUACUGCAGAACAAGUCGAUGGAUCGCAUUGCGCGCAUCGAUAAGCUGGAGGCCAUACUGACGACAGCCACCUCGUUGCCAUGCGAUCAGAUACUGGCUUCCAAUUCGAUCCAGGAACAGUUGGGCUCGAGCAUUGCGACCACAGACAAUUUGCAAAUCAUACGCGAAAAGUCCAGAAACAACAGGAAUUGCAAUUGCCAAGGCGAGCGCAGUGUCACGCCCAUUCUGCGAACGAUGGACAAGCGAGUGGUGAAGCUGGUGGAUGCCGAGUCGCAGACCCUGAGCACCGGCGACGUGGUCAUCACCAAGAUAUUCUUCCAGGACGAACAUGAGCGGUCCAAGGAGACGGCAAUGCUGAGCAAUUCGCCCACGAAGCGUGUGGCAUCCACAUAAACAACGUGUCAAUCUUCGAACAAUGAUUCCUAACAAGCAAACGAAAGCGCAGACAUAUUACGUAUUAUUAUUAUUUUGUUUUUUAACUGUUGCGAGACUAUUGCGAGGAGAAGACGACGACAAUGGCGAAGAUGGAAAAGACGGUGUCCUCAGAACCCACUAUCGACUAUGCAAUAAUAACUAUUAUGGUAUACCCAAUUGAGAAGCAAUAUAUUUUGUGCCUAAAUGUUGAACAUUGCAAUAACAAUAAUAUAUAUGUAUGAUUUACCAAUUGUAAACUAAUCGCCACCCAAAACGAAUCCCGGCGGAACGAACGAACGAAUCGCACUUCUCAGCGAGGACUCCAUCCAGCCCAGAGAGGUGGGUCGAAGGUCUGAGAAUUCGUGUUUGCAUUCGAUGAGAUAAAUGAUAGAUGAUAGAAGGAUGGAUGGAGGGAUAGGCUUCGGCUUGUUUUUCAUUAUAAACCUAAAUCAGCGCCAAACAAUCAUUGGAAAUGUAUGUGUAAAUGUGACAUAGAAAGCUUUGCGAUGUAUUAGCGAAUUGAUUAAUGAUUAUUAUUAUCUGCGUUGGACCAAUAUGUGUAUUAAAUCGAAAUGAAAUAAUUAAAAGCAAUUUUGUAGAGUUUUCCUAAUAUCUUUGUCGCCAUAUCAGAAGUGAACUUAUUGUAUUUUAACCAUAAUUAAUUCCUUUAUACACCCCAAACUAAACAUUUAUUCAACUCAAUUUUAGUUUAACCAAACAAUCUUAUUAAAUAUUAACAAAAAGCAAUUGUGUAAUCAAUCUCUAAGUAAAUACAUAAAACAUACAUAAAUGAGAAUUAAUUGUAAAGGAGAAAGCAUUAUUGAAAUUGUACGAUUAUAAAUUAUACUUCUAAUUAAAUAAAACGUGUAUAUACAACAAUAU